AUGCUUCCCUUCACGACCUGCUUCGUUGCAGGACUGCAAUAUCUGAUACACCCUCUAAAGCUUGGAACCAUUCAAGAAACCAUCAACCCCGAUGCUCUGAUUCCAAUCACGCUCCUCUCAACUGAGGAAAUCUUUGGCGAUCUCGAAGGAAUUCUACAGCUCUUUGACUCAAUUGAUGAUGUGUUUGUUCCAGACUUUGGUUCCAUUCUUGUCGAAAAGAGUGGCGACAACAACAGUCAGGUUCGAGUCGAUACGCGACAGAUCUAUCACAUGGACCAGAUAAAGGCUCUAGAUGGCUUUUCUGAGUUACCAUCUGGUCCCUACUUUCUCUACGGCCCAAACCUUUACCAAGCCUGGCGACUGUACGAUGAUGAAUUUGGAGCUUUCACUUCCGGUGUGGUACCUGAUGAUCUGAACCAACCUGACGAAUUCCAACCCCUGACCUCUUCGUCCGUUUAUGGUGACUCAGUUGCAGUUCCUGUGCCAUCAAGACUUUACCAUCCUCAACCUUCUGCCAAGAAACCUUUGUCUGGUAUCCGUGUUUCUGUAAGCGACACGAUAUCGUUGAAAGGAACCUAUACAACCUUUUCCAGUCGGGCAUGGAAAUCUCUCUACAGAAAUGCCUCGAGUUCUACAGCUAAAUAUGCACAAAGUCUCAUGGACCAAGGAGCCGUAAUCGUUGGAAAAACAAAGACAUCGCAUCUUGGGACAGGUGCAGAAUGGGUUGAUCAACAAGCUCCUUGGAGUGCAAGAGGGGAUGGGUAUCAAAGCAUGAAGGGUGGUUCAGUUGGUGCUGCUGCUGCCUCGGUUGGGUACCCAUGGAUUGACUACAGCAUUGGCGUUGACGAUGGUAGAGUGAUGUCCGAAGGCGGCAUAUACUCCUUGAGUCAGCCUGAAAAUCUAUCAACCGACAUAGCUACGGCAUCGAAGUUCGACAAAACUCGAAUCUUUAGUCGAAGCCUCAAGGGACUCCUUGAUUUCAGCGCAAAUGCGAAGACCGGGGCUUCUGAAGCUCCGCCAAGGAUAAUCGUACCAGACGACUUGUCAUCACCCGAAAAGUCACAGAAAACAGCCAUAGCGACUUUCGUGUCAAUUCUACAAGAUCUGUUGGACACGAAAGCCGAGUAUGUCAAUGUUGGCAAGAUUUGGGAAGAGAGUCCUCCAUCUGAAGCUUCUCGAGAAGGAAUGCAAGCAUACAUGGAAAAGGCACCUUUCCGGUCAUGGUGUUAUGAUUACUACCAUUCCUUUGACGCUUUCCGAGAUGAGUAUAAGCAAAAGUUUGACAAAAAGCCGUUUAUCGAGGCUACGCCGCAAUUCUUCUGGAACGAAUGCAAGUCGGCGACAGAGGAGGAAAACCGUCAAGAUACAGAACGUCUUGGUGUAUACCGGAAAUGGUUCCUUGAGAACAUCAUGCACAAUUCUAUCCCCAAUGCCAAGGGAGACGCAGUCGUGAUCCUUCCAUGUGGGAAUACUCAAGUUGAACAUCGGAACGAUCCUUUGGCUCCACCAACCAUUUACAAAGGCAUCGACUCUACAACACUGGCACCAAUAUUGGGGGCUUCUGUAUUAUCGUUUCCAUUCACCCAAGUACCCUACGAGUCUGACAUUUCUGGAGAGACAGAGUAUCAGCCAGUCUGCAUCUCGGUUCUCGUCCAUCGAAAUGAAAAAUCAACCAUUCAAUUGAUCGAAAAGGCUCUCGAGACAGGGCAUAUUCCCACCAAAGUCGACGUUGGACGGUACACGUUUCCAGUCAAGAAGUCGGAUCAUGUCAGCAAUCAGGUACAAGCUCCCUUGUCGGGUCAGAAUAUAUCGGACGAGCUGUAG